AUGCCUGUCCCUCUAAGCCAACCAUCAAUACCUAGGCAAUUAUCAUGGAGUUUAAUGAUCGACUCAACGGCUGUUGUUGUAACAGGUUCGAUGACGAUUGGUUCAGUGAUGGUUCAACUUGUAAAUCGUCUCGAUAUAUCUCAAGAUUUCUCUGAUUAUGCACUUUGGUGGUCCAAAGCGAAUAUUUGGUUAACAAAUACAAAAUGGACACUCGAUCAAUAUGGUGUUCAAUCAGAUGCUCAUCUUAAUUUUACUAGCAUACAUAAAUCUAUUCGUUUACAAUUACCUGAUUUACGUGUUUUAUCUAUAACUGCAAAUUUUUCAGUAUCAGUUUUUGCUGCUGUUAGUAAACUCUGUAAAGAUCUCGGAAUUCGUCAUGCUGAAGAACUUUCGCUUUUACAUUCAUCAAAAUUAGCCAGUACAAAUGUAGCUAAUGAACGCCGUACAUCACCUCGUCGUCGACGUCAUAAUAUUGGCACAUUAAAUCGCCAUAAUUCUAUGGGCGAUUCAUUAGCAAACAAUUCAUCAACAGUAUCAACUCUAUGUUCUCCAACAACACCAAGACUUCGAUCAGCAGCUACAAAUAAAACCACAGAAUCAACAGUACGUCAUCAACGUCCAAUAUCAAAUCUUUCGAAAUCACUUAAUAGUUUAGUUACAAACGUUGAUGGUAAUCUAGCUCGAACACCUGCAACGCCAUUAAAAAAUGUUCUAUCACAGUUAAUUAAACCAACAAAUAUAAUUGAAAAAUCAAGGUUAAAUGGUUUAUGGUAUGAUUCAUCGAAAUCGCUUAUGGAACAAAAUACAAAUGAAAAUGAUUUAAUUUUAUUACGCUUUAAAUAUUUUGCAUACUAUGAUCUUAAUCCAAAAUUUGAUGCUAUUAGAUUAAACCAAUUAUAUGAGCAAGCUAAAUGGUCUGUUCUAAGUGAAGAUAUCGAUUGUACAGAAGAAGAAAUGAUGACUUUUGCUGCUUUACAACUUCAAAUUCAAAUUCAAUCUCAUCAAUCUUCAUCGACAUUAACAUCUUCGAAUAACGAUAUGGGUCAUGAAUAUGAUAAUGCAAAUGAUUAUGAUAUUGAUCGAGCACUUGAAUGCUUACAAGAUUCGCUAUUAGGAACAAAUAUAACGAAUACAAGUCAAUCGACAAAUACUUUAAUACAAAAAUUUUCAUCAAAUGGAGAACUAUGUGAUUAUUUGCGUCUUUUGAAAUCACGAAGAUUUACAUUUAAAACAUUGAAGCGCUAUUGGUUUGUUAUGCGAGAUACUCAACUAACCUACUAUGCCAAUGAAUCUCAACAACAUGGUACGCCUAUAGAAAAAAUUUCACUUAAAGGUUGCGAAAUUUUACCAGAUGUACAUAUCUCAUCGAAAAAAUAUGCAAUCCGUCUAAUGAUUCCAUCUCUUGAUGGAAUGAACGACACGUUGAUUCGUUGUUCAACCGAUGAACAGUAUGCUAAAUGGAUGGCUGCUUUUCGUCUUGCAUCUAAAGGUCGAUCGAUUAACGAACAAUCGUAUGAAACUGAACGCGAGUCAAUUUUAGCGUUACUUAAUAUGCAACGACCAUCAUCGUCAAAUCAUCAACAAAAUAAAUUUGAUAUACAAUCAGAAAAUUUUGUUUCACCUAAAUUUGUUAAAAAAUAUAAAACAAAACAGUUAACUGAACGAAUCUUGGAAGCACAUGCCGCUGUCAGUAAUUUGGAUGGCACAGAAGCAAAACUGCGUUAUUUAAAAGCAUGGCAAGCGUUACCAGAAUUUGGUAUAACAACAUUUAUUGUUAAAUUUAAAGAUUCAAAUAAAAGAGAAGAGUUACUUGGUAUUGCUUCAAAUCGUCUGCUACGGAUGACAUUAACAGGUGAUACAUUGAAAACUUGGUGGAUAUCUCGAAUGCGUUCAUGGAAUGUCAAUUGGGAAAAUAGAUCAGUAACAAUUGAAUUCGAUAGCGAAACAAUACAUUUUUUGCCAUUAUAUGGUAUUGAAAGUAAAUGUAUACAUGAAUUUAUUGGCGCAUACAUUUUUCUAGCUAUGCGAUCAACAAGAACAAUGUCUGAUAUCAAUGAUCUAAUUCAACAGGAAAAUCUUUUCCAACGACUUACGGCUGCUUAUAGUUAA